UACAAUAAUUUCAACUUAUUUAAAAUAUAUAUGUUUUUUAUGUUUUUUUAAGAAUUAUUUUAUAUUUUUUAUUAUAGCAUUUAAAUUCAAGGGCCAGUUUAAGAUAGUAAGAGUAGUGAAUUCUAAUAUCACCUAACAAACUACAAGAAGCCAGCACUGAUUGUUUUGAGGUGAGCUUUAGAGAGAGAAGGCAUGAGAUAAUCAAGGUCCACAAAAUUGCUGGAGAGAGAUUGAAGGGGCAUUUUGUAGGAAAGAAUCUGCACUUGAAGUUGCAAUUGAAUCAACUAUUAUAUGAAUCACAAUAUUGAAAAUUGAUGGUUAUUAUCUAACUUUGUACUGUAAUUGACAAAAAAGAAAAUAACUGUUGUCAAAACGUUAUUCUUUCAUCAAAUGGAGACAUUAAAUGCCAAUGGUUUGACAGUGAUUACGCACAUUAAACCAAAACAAAUUGGAAAAUUUGUUAAAUAGCCCUGAGAAUAGCAUGCAAACACCUUGAUUUUAGCACCAGUCUCCAUAUGUCAUGGCUCUUAGAGGUUAUAGGAGAUGCGACCCACAAGAGCAUGAACUUUUCAAGGUUCCAUAUUCAAAGAUAUCACAACAUACACAUACCUUCAUGAAUUAAUUAAUCACAUGACACGUGCACCAAAUUAAGGACAGGUCCUCUAACUUACUUUGCAAGUGACAACUGUCAAUAGUUUGACAUAGUUUUGACGAGCAUCGUACGUGCGCAUUUCCUGUAACAUCAACAUGUCCCCAAACUCUUUGGAAAUUAUCAUGCAAAGAAACAAAAAAGCUUGGGACAACAUCAGAGUUCGUUUUGGUUCAUCAGAAAAAACGCGCAUGGUAGCAUCAAUCUCUUCAAAUUGUCGUUACAUGUUUUUUUCUUUCAAGGAUGCAUAAACAAAACCAUGAUUUAAAUGCAUUUGUUCAUGUGGGGUACUGUCCAUGAUUAUUUAUAGUAAGUACCAGAUGUGAAGAGAGAACAAAGCAAAAUGAUUGGAAAAGAUAGCGGUGUUAUGAAGGCAUGGGAGGCAACGAUGAGAAAGACACACGCAGUUGCCAAGAAGCGUGCAAACAGCAUAUUUGGGACGAUAUCUUUGGCACAUGUUGCGGAUGAAGAAGAAAACAAUGAUGGUUAUGAUGACAACGAAGAGAAUGAGAACGAGGCAUUUGAGGUAUACAUUGAAGAGAAGGUUCUACCAAAUGGGGAUUACUAUACAGGGGAAUGGGCAAAGAACUUCCCACAUGGGCUAGGGAAAUACCUAUGGACCGAUGGGUGCAUGUAUGUUGGAGAAUGGUUCAAAGGGAAAACAAAAGGAAAGGGUAGGUUCAGUUGGCCUUCAGGGGCCACAUAUGAAGGGGAGUUCAAAAGUGGUUUCAUGGAUGGGAAUGGCACAUACACAGGGUGUAAUGGGGAGACUUACAAGGGGCAGUGGGUGAUGAACUUGAAACAUGGUCAUGGUUUCAAGAGUUAUGCAAAUGGGGAUUGGUAUGAUGGGGAGUGGAGGAAGGAUUUGCAGGAUGGGGAGGGAAGGUAUGAGUGGAAGGAUGAGAGCCAUUAUGUUGGGGAAUGGAGGAAUGGGACUAUGUGGGGUAAAGGGUCUUUUGUUUGGGCCAACAAUGGGAAAGUGUUUGAAGGGUUUUGGGAAGAUGGUUUGCCAAAAGGGAAAGGCACUUUCAAGUGGCACGAUGGGAGUUUUUAUGAGGGAAAUUUCAGCAAGGAUGGUAAGGAUCAGAAUGGGACAUACCAUCCCUGUGAGUCAUCAGAGGGGGAAGGGCAUAGUGAAUGGGACCCUCAACAGUUGUAUAAUGAGUUGAACGGGUAUUCAGUUUGCCCUGGGGAGAAGGUUCAGGUUAUGCCAUCACACAAGAGGCUUGCGAUUUGGAGGUCUACAAAGACAGGGGAGAGUGCUAAAAAUAGGAGAAUGUCAGUGGAUGGGAGGGUGAGUGUUGGCUUGGAGAGGCCAAGUGAUAGGUUGCAAAUAUGGGAUGGUGGGGAGAGUGAUGCUAGAACUCCAACUAUGGGGAGUGAUUUGGAUGAAGAUUUGAUGGCUUUACGUGUAGAUGAUGGUAGUGAAAGUUUGACUCAACUCCAACCUCUGAAAGCACCCAAGAAAUCAAAGAGGCAGGGAGAGACCAUAUGCAAAGGACACAAAAAUUAUGAGCUUAUGCUUAAUUUGCAGCUGGGAAUCAGGCAUUCUGUUGCAAGGCCUGCUCCAACAGCAUCACUUGAUCUCAAGCCUUCAGCUUUUGACCCUAAGGAGAAAGUGUGGACAAGAUUUCCACCCGAAGGAUCCAAAUACACUCCACCACAUCCAUCAUGUGACUUUAAGUGGAAGGACUACUGCCCGGUAGUUUUUAGAACUCUUAGGAAGCUAUUCAAGGUGGAUCCAGCUGAUUACAUGUUAUCCAUAUGUGGAAAUGAUGCCCUUCGUGAACUUUCCUCUCCUGGAAAAAGUGGUAGCUUCUUUUACUUAACCCAUGACGACCGUUACAUGAUUAAGACAAUGAAGAAAGCUGAAGUGAAAGUUCUAUUGAGAAUGCUUCCAGCCUAUUACAAUAAUUUUCGAGACCAACAAAACACUCUUUUGACAAAGUAUUAUGGCCUGCAUUGUGUAAAGUUAAAUGGACCUAUUCAGAAGAAGGUUCGGUUUAUCAUAAUGGGCAACCUCUUCUGUUCUGAGUAUAUCACCCACAGACGCUACGAUUUGAAGGGUUCUUCACUUGGACGCUUCUCUGAUAAGCCUGAGACAGAGAUUAGUGAAACCACAAUCCUUAAAGAUCUUGAUCUUAAUUUUAUAUUUCGACUAGAGAAGUCCCGGUUUGAAGAAUUUUGCAGACAAGUUGAUAAGGACUGUGAGCUUCUAGAACAGGAGGGAAUUAUGGAUUAUAGUUUGCUAUUGGGCAUUUAUUUCAAAGAUAUAUCGCCAGAUGGGGAAAUUAUUCCUUUACAAUCUCAUACUCCUACUGGUGAUUCGGAAAAUGAAGGAACUCCCCAUACUUCAAGUGAAGAUACAGAUCAAUCUCAUUAUGAUCCUUCCAGUAUCAUAUUGGGUAUGAAUAUGCCAGCAAAGGUUGAAAGAACAAUAAGAAGAAGCGGUUGCGAAUUACAGCUUGUAGGAGAACCAAUUGGAGAGUUCUAUAAUGGUGUGUUGACUUUUGGUAUCAUUGACAUACUUCAAGACUAUGACAUUAGCAAGAAGCUUGAGCAUGCCUACAAAUCCAUUCAAUAUGAUGCGACCUCAAUAUCAGCGGUUGAUCCUAUACAAUAUUCAAGGCGUUUUCGUGAUUUCAUAUUUAGAAUAUUCACUGAAGACUCUUGAAAGGUAUACGCGAUUCUUCAUUUUCUUAUUUGGAAAAAGCAUAGUUACAAAUAUCCAAUGCAAAAAUAGCAGUGUUGGGGUGUUGCGAGUUAUACCCUUUCUGGCUUGACUUAGUACACUUUUGAAAUUUUCCCAUUUGGGAAGGAAAAUGUUGGUUCUACAAUUGAGAUUCACAUGAUUUUGCGUACUAAAUCAAACCUAUUGUUUAUUGUACGUUCUGAAUUACCUUAAUUCUUUGUAUAGUACAAACGUACAGUAUAAAUAGUAUACAUGAACAUUCAACACAUAAUAGAGAAUAAUAGAGAAUGCUGAAAGCAAGAGUGACUGUGUAUUGCAUCUUGUAGCUAGAAUAUAAUAUUGCAUCGUUUAUUAGAAAUUCUUUUAUAAGAGAUGGAGAGGGUUGAUAGGGUAUUCCAGCUUUUUGUAUCUGAUUGGGAUGUAUAU